GCACGCCGGAUCAUCAACUGAGCCUCUCGUCUCGUGCUUGUCUGAAAAUACUACUCCUAAGAGAUUUUGACAGCAGUAACACUAGCUAGCUUAGCUGAUCGCUGAUCCUUCGUCAACGAGAAGACGAUGAAGCGCGCCCUCGUCGUCGUCUUGCUCGUCAUGGCCGUUUCCAUGGCGACGCCGUCGGAAGCGAGGAGGCCGAGGAAGACAGCCAUGGCCUCGUUGCUCCGCUUCCCCGGCUUCCCUGGCAGCCGCCAGCGUUUCCCGGGGUUCCCCGGAGCCAGGCCGUCGCCGCGCGCGGCAGCGCCGAAGCCGUCGCCGUCAUCGUCGGUGGUCCCCGGGUUGCCAUUAUCUCCCCCCACGGCAACCGGCUCGCUGCCGCCGCCGUGCGGGAGGUCAUCGCAGACGAUGCCCGGCAACUUCAUCCCUGGCCUGCCGGGCAGCAGCGGCAGCGGCGGCGCGGGGUCGUCGUCGCUGUCGUCGCCGACGGACUGCGUGACGUCGCUGGCGGGGCUGACGACGUGCGCGUCGUUCCUGACGGGGGCGGAGGCGGACACCCCGACGCCGACGAGCGAGUGCUGCGGCGGGCUGGGGAUGUUCCUGAACAGCACGGCGGCGGCGGCGGAGGGUGACCGGACGUUGAGGUGCCUGUGCCCGGUGAUCCUCGGCGACGUGAACCGGAUGCUGCCGAAGCCGGUGGACCCCGUGCGGAUGAUGUACCUCCCCAUCGCCUGCGGCCUCGUCCUCCCGCCUCAAGUCCUCUUCAUCUGCUUCACCGGGCAGCCAAACCCACCGGUGCUCACGCGUGUUCCUGACUCGUGGUCGACGCUCUCUUCAGCACUGUCGCCCUGAUGAUUCACGAUAAUCGGAUCAAAUACUCAAAGGUUACGGAUGAUUCAGUACUGUCUCAUUUUAAGCUUUCAAAGCUGACAUCUGUGUCUGUACUUCAGAAAAACCAGUUAGCCAGUUACCGUACAUACUGCUUUAUAACUACAUAAGGAUUGGUUGGUACGUCAUGUGUGGUGUAAGAGCAUAUUUCUUAUUUAUGGAGAAAAAAAUAUGUAAGUGCAAGUGUACGUCAUUUCAUCAAGUAUUCUUUCUCCACAAAUAAAGAGUGUGAAAUCUGGUACAGAAUGAAAAUUGAGGGAUGCAAAAAAUAUAGGUCAACCGCACAGCAAACUUCCAGGAGGAAUGGGAUCUUGCUUUAUCUAGACCAUUUAAUUGCUAUAAAGAAUCAGGUUAUU